AACUGUCACUCUUAUGGGUCUCAAGGACCACCCAAUCUUCGCUUUCAAUUUGAUCUAUGGUGCACGUUUGUCUAUAUGUUGCCCAGAUUGUCCUUAUGCACCCUGUGAACUAUUCUUUUUCCUAAUCAUACUCUUAUUUGCAUCAAAGUGGGAUUAAAUUGGUUCUGCAUAAGUUGUCAUAUGCAUGUCGGAUUGUGUUACCAUGAAGUAGGAGAUGCUUGACUGUUUUAUACUACAGAAGUUGUCAGUCUUAAAGGGUACCAUAUCCAUGUGAGACUAUCAGCUGGCUAAACAAAUUUCCAGAGCCAAGUUGGUUAAUUGCGAGAUAUCUGGUGCCAAGGGCAAUAUGGAAUGUCAUUUGGAGCUCAAUAGAAACUUGAGGGACCAGGAACUCUUGCAGGUAGUCUACAGUCAAUCAUCACACCAAGCAUGCCAAAGUACAAAACUGGGAGAUAGGUUCAAACUAGAGAGGAAUGGCACCUCUUCUGCAGAUUUUCAUCCUAAAAUAGUGAGAAAUUUGGACAAUGUAUCACAAAAGCCACAAGCACUUCACCAAAAGCAACGAGCUAGGAGUAAGGCAGAUGAACUUGUUAGAUACAUGUCAAGUUUGCCAAGUUAUUUGGAGACAGGAAAAAACCUCCAGGAGAAAGCUUUGAAUGUUGGGGUCCUUCAAUGGCGCCGUCUAGAGAAGUGGCAGUAUAACCACAGACAGGUUGCCGAACGAAGUUGCAAGUCUUCACCAUCCAACAGCAAUGCCUCAUUGUUUUCCUCAACAGAGGGAUCAUCCUCCAAUUCUGGCGGAGGUCAUAGCUGCUCUCCUAUCAACCAGAUGAUGCACCGCCCUAGUCUGGAUUCUAAUCGAAACACAUCCCCUAACAGAGUCUCCUCCCUAGGCACCAAAUCCUUCCAGAGAAAUGGUGGAAAGUUCCAAGAUCUUGGAGCUAGCUCGAGUAACUACUUGAAAGUGUCACAGAGUAUCCUCAGCACACAUCAGUGUUUUAGCAAGUACACGGAGAACCGGGGUAAAGAGUGCAAAACCCCAGAUCAUGAUCCGGUAGGUAUUUCUGAGAAGGAGCUUCAAGAACUAGAAAAGCAUAGUUCCAUCUCAAAUUUGAAUGGAAAACUGAAGUUCCAUGUCCAUGAACUUUCGAAGGAAAAGGAAAGCUUGCAAAUUCCUUGUUGUAAGCCUAAUUCUGUUCAUGACAGCAUGAAUGGACAGCCACUAGUGGUACUCCAUCAGCCAAAAGUACUAGAAAUUAGAUCUGCUGCAUCAUUGAAUCAAUCUGAUUCAACUGGAAAACUGGUCCAGGGAUCAAUCGAAGCUAGUCGACAUAGCUUUUGUGAUAAUUCUAAUUCUGAUGUCCAGGAGCUCUCUUCUGAUAUACCGAGCUCUUGUCCACUUCCUCGUGAAGUUAUUACCCUAAGGGAUGCACAGAUCCAACAACCCUGUUCCGCAGCUGAAAGCACUACGAGGUUUUCCUCUGACCUAUUACCGUAUUCUAAAGUCUCAGCUAGUCCUAGCAGAAGUAGAAAUCUGGAAGGGAAGAAGUCAAGCAGAACACUUGAUUGUUCAGCUGAGGCACCAAACCUGAAAUUGGAGACUGAAGAGGAUAGAAAAGUCAGACAUCCUUCCCCAAUCCGCCGAUUAAUGGGUAGGAUAGGCAGGAGCUCAAAAGACACACCAUGUGCUCGACAGAGAAAUCUUGAGACUGAUAGAAUUUGCUCCAAGGAGGCUGAAACCUCCGUUUCCUCAGUUGAUUCAUCUUGCGACAAAUCAAAUGUCACUGGAAAAGGAAGGUCCAGUCCUUUGAGAAGACUGAUAGACCCAUUACUUAAGCCGAGGGCCAGCAACCUUGACCACUCUAUUGGUUCACCACAGAGAGAUUCAUCACCAAUAGACAGGACAGGUAAAUUAUCCAAGGGGCGAGGAGAGUCUGCUGCUCGACAUUCUGUGAAAGUGAGGUUAGAUCUUGGGAGCUGCAAAACAAUUGACAUUGAUCAUCCACAAGACAUUGGAAAAUGUGGCUCAUCAACAGUACAAGCACUUCUACAGGUAGCAGUAAAGAAUGGACUCCCUCUAUUUACAUUUGCAGUUGACAAUAGUAGCGAAAUUUUAGCAGCCACAAUGAGUAAGCUAGGUCCUGGUAAAAAGGAUGCUAACAGUUGGGUGUAUACUUUCUUCACUGUUCAUGAAAUGAAGAAAAGGAAUGGUAGUUGGUUAAACCAGGGAAGUAAAGAUAGAGCUCAUGGUUAUGUACCUAAUGUAGUAGCACAAAUGAAGGUUUCUGAUGUUGCAUCCACAAAGUUGAUUGGGCAAAACUUGGUGGACCAAUGUACCAUUAGGGAAUUCGUUUUGCUGGCUGCGAAGAAACGACGGGGAGAUAGACAGGCGUCGGAUGUACAGGAAAAUGACGAACUCACUGCUAUUGUUCUCAAUUUGCCUAAAAUGGCCGUAAGAAACUCAAGUGAAGGUGACCAGAGAACAUGUGAAGUCGAAAAGCUUUCAAUGGUGGACUUGAAAGUGCCUUCCCUUGACUUUUGUAGCUUUUCUGAGAGUAGGGAUGUUGAAGAGAGCGGGUGUUUUGCUGGAAGCGUGGACCCUUCCGGUCUUACAGUUGUACUUCCGGGUGGUGACCAUGGAAUACCUAGUAAAGGGGAACCUUCACCUUUAAUAGAAAGAUGGAGAUCAGGUGGAUCGUGUGACUGUGGGGGUUGGGAUGUUGGUUGCAGAAUAAAGGUUCUUAGCACUCAGUUUGGUAGGACGUCUGGUUCAGCUAAAGCCCAGUCGAGCACCAAAAAAUUCCAGCUUUAUUGUCAGGAACGAGGAUUGGACGAAAGGCCAAUUUUCAGCUUGUCACCGUUCAAGGAUGGUAUCUAUUCAGUUGAAUUUGACUCAUCUGUCAAAUUUCUACAAGCAUUCUCCAUAUGUAUUGCAUAUCUAAAUGGUUUCCAUCCAGCUAAAUUUUCUGAAUUCGGGUAUUUAUCUGAGAAUAAAUCUUCGGAAGAGAGUACAUUCUCAGAAACUGAUGAACCAAAGGUUUUCAACGGAGACCAACAAGAGUAUCCUGCAAGUAACAUCUACCAUCCUCCUGUUUCACCUGUUGGGAGAGUCUAGCUUGCUAGGACGUUCAUCAAUUUGAACUUGGCAAUGCAAUUCAGAUUGUAAAGUUUUGUCAUUAUAUGACUAAGCAACAAUAAGGUUUAUUCAUUAAACUGGAAAGUUCAGCCAGAAGGUAUACCCCUCGUGUUACAGGAGGAAAGAAUGAUGCCAACAACAGUUGUAUUUGUGUUACUGGGGCAUCAAAAGAGGCAUUGUCAUGUGUCCCUUUCUACUCGAUGCAAGUGUGCAUAUUGCUGUUGCUAAUUGAACUUCGUCUUGUGCAGUGUC